CAAGGCGUUGCACUGUUUUCUUUUGGUUUUGAAAUUCUUUCUUUGAUAUUAUAAUUCCUUUCAUUGAACUGGGUUGAAGUGGAUAUUUAAUGCUGGCAUUUAUUUUUUGAUAUCAGGAAAAUGUCAGAUACUAUUAAAAACAUCUCAAUAACGUACGAUGCAAUUAAUGAGAACAACACUUUCUCGAGUGGCGAUUUCAUCUCAGGACGACUGAUUGUGGAAGUUGCAAAGGAAGCCAAGAUCGAUUCUCUCUUAAUUAAAGCCAAGGGGAAGGCAAGAGCGCUCUGGUCUGAACAGUAUGGCAAAGUCACAGUGGUUUACCACCAAAAAGAAAAAUUCUUUAAAUUGGAGCAGUACAUCAUUCAAGAGCAGAAGGGAAAAGGGCAAGACUAUGAAAUGCUGUUGACCCGAAGUGGAAAGACAUAUAGUAAUAUUGUCACACCUGGAAUCCAUGAGUACCCAUUCACUUUCCAGAUUCCCCAGGGAAAUAUGCCAUCAUCCUUUAAAGGUGUUUAUGGCAAAAUCGUCUACACACUGGAGGCAAAACUGAGCAGGUCAAUGCGAGUACCAAGCAAAACCAAGACCAAAUUCACUUUCCUUUCAACGGAAGUUAUGGACACUCCCGAGCUGAUGGCACCCCAGUUUGGCACAAAGGAAGAGAAGAUUUUCAUCUCUGGAAAGGUCUCCAUGAACAUUACCACAGAAAGGAUGGGCUACAUGCAAGGUGAAGGGUUAAAGGUCAUGGCAGAAAUCCAGAAUGGCUCCUCACGCACAAUUGUGCCCAAGUAUUGCUUGUACCAAAAGCAGAGCUUCUUUGCUCAAGGGAACAGAAGGGUUCAUACUAAGAAGAUCCUAAAGGAGGCAGGAGAGCCCAUCCCCUCCUCCACACAUCAGAGCAUAACCAAAGUGCUGAACAUCCCUACCACUGUGUCUCCCACAAUCCUGAACUGCACAGUGCUGCAUGUGGAGUACAGGCUGAAGGUCUAUCUGGACAUUUCCUUUGCUAAAGACCCAGAAAUAAAGUUACCCAUAAUUAUACUUCCUGCUGCCUAUCCAUUCGGUGAGGUGGUAAAGACAAUGCCACCACCUUAUCUGUAAGUCAAUGGCAUGAACCUGUGGGGCCAUUGACUUGGUGUUUUACCUUGGUGUAGAACACGUUUCCCUGAUUUUCAUUUUCCACUGCAUAUUGAUUCUUUAAUCAACGUACAGCAAAGAACCCAUGGGAUAUAAAGAGGAAACACUACUGUUCAUCCCUUAAAUCUCUGAUAAUAUGGUAAGACAAAUGGCAUCAUCAGCAUUUUCACUGAGUCAGCAGGGACUUUGAUAUUUUUUGAAAUAUCAGGGUUUUUUUAACUGAAAUGAAACAUUGAAAUUUUAACGUACAAGCAAUGAGUCAGAAUGUUAAAAUUACAAAGUUCUCAUGCACAUCGCCUGUGCAGUUGUGUUAUUAAGCUGUUUACUUUAUUUGCUUAGUCAAACUAAAGACCGUGCAACAGAUAUAAGCUAAUGUAAGCUCACAGCUUUUACCUUGCACUCCCUGCCAAUGUCAGAAUUACAGCCUCC